CUAUGACCAGGGUUUAUUUCCUCGACACAGACAAUGUUUAUUGUUUCUUUUUCUAUUCCUGUUUAGUCUUUUAAGACAGAGAGGCUUCGUAUCUGAAUUUUGUGUAACCACCUUAAAAUCGCAGACUGUAUCGUGGUAGAUCUAAUCAUUGGUUUACUUUGAAGCUGAUUUGAAGUCUGGUCUGUGGAGAUAUUGGUCUAACUUUAUUGGGGAAAAAAUACAUCAAUUUGUACCACACAGAAACACAAACUACACAUGGCUCCUCAUCUCUCCCUCCUCCUCCUCAUCUUCUCCAGACUCUCAGGUACUCAGGCAGGAGCGUACGGUGUGUCAACUGUGAGUAAGGUGUCUGUGAAGACAGGAAACUACAUCACCAUCCCAUGUCGCUAUGAUCAGAGAUACAUACAAUAUGUCAAAUACUGGUGUCAAGGAGAUUACUGGAAUUCUUGUUCUGCUCUUGUACGCACGGACCAACCAAAGAUAUCUGGGACAGUGUCCAUCUCUGAUGAUGUCACCCGAAGAAUCUUCUCUGUUAACAUGACUGAUCUGCAGCCAGAGGACUCUGGGUAUUACUGGUGUGCUGUGGAGACUGCAGGACGAGAUCAAAGUACAUACUUGCACCUGUCAGUCACCACAGGUACACCAGAACUCUAUGUGGACCAACAGGACGUUUCUGGAGUAGAAGGAGGGAGUGUCACUGUCCGUUGUUACUAUAGUAACACUGUGGUUAAGAAGUGGUUGUGGUGUAAGAUGGGUAUCUACUAUGUCCCCUUGGUGGGGAGAUAUUCAGGGAUUUUAGAUGGAACAUCAGUGACAUCACAGCAGACCAUUGAUCACAACAACAGAUACAUUUUAACAGUGACUCUGAAUGGAUUGAAUAUGGGAGAUACUGGCUGGUACUGGUGUUCCAGAGGAGACCUACAGAUGCCUGUUCACAUCACUGUCAAUCAACUGACCACAACACAGAGUACCACACCUGCCUCCACCACCACCCCUACCCCCUCUUCCACCAUCAUCACCUCCACUGUUAAUCAACUGACCACAACACAGACUGACACCAUCUUUAACAAACAGCCCACUCAAGACAUCUCUCUGACCUCGCCCACAACUGCAGAUCCUGCUGUCUCCUCUUCCACCUCUCAGGCCCCAGUCAACAACACACACCAUGUAGCCCAGGGAUGGGAGAGAACACUCUUCUACCUUCAGAAAACUGUUAAUGCACUGCUCUUCAUCCUGUGCAACGUCAUUGCUGUGGUGAAGUUCAGGGCAACCCAACUCUGAGGUGAAACAGGAAGAGUAGAAACUAGAUUUAUUUAGCAUUUGCGCAUUUUUCAUUGCGGUAUAUGUCUUUAUCUUCUUCACAUUCUCCAGCUUUCAUUUAAUAUUUAAUUUACUUGCUAAUAAACAUGUUUUACUGAUAUCAAGAUCAUCUGUCACCAAAUUCUGUGAAAUUCCGUGAAUGAAAAUCUGAAAUUCUGAUGUAUCGAAGUUACUGUAUUUGCUCUGUUGGAGACAACAAGUGUUUAACAAGAUGUCAUGGCAUGAAUUAGUUUACCAGAAACCUGCAGCCUUGUGGUACAGCAGCUUCCUGAGAUACCUAACAGUUUAGGUUGGAGGACAUCUGUGGUUUUGAGCUGCGUCUAUGACCAGGGUUGAUCUCUAAGUGGAAGGCUGUCAUCACUCCAUCUCUGCAGCUCAUGUGCUCUUAAUUCUAUACAUUUCUUUGUUUAAUCAUUAGUGACCUAUUUUCCAGCAGAGGGUAACAGUGACUCUUGAUCCAUAAAAGCCCUUGGAGAAAGCUGGAAGCUGAAAUACAUUGUAGUGACUAUGAGUUUUGGGUUAAACUAGUCUACAUAAUGCAAUAAUUGCUAUCGUCCACUCAGGGGGGCAGGUACACAAACAUGUUUAACUUUCUUGAGGAUAAAACACACACACAUGUAUGUUUUACAGUCUUUGUGGGGCCCAAAAAAUGUAUGCCAAUUCAAAAUCCUGUUUCCCCUAAACCUAAUUAUGAUUCUAUCCUUAACCCUAAUUGUAACCAUAACCCUCAACCUAACCCCUCAGGCUAAAUAUAAUGUUUCCUUGUGGGGACCGGCAAAAUGUCCCAACUUGUCCAUUUGGUGGAUCACCCAUCGCACAUUUAUAUACAGUAUUCUAUACUAUGGCACUGAAUCUUAGACCAAUGUCGCUCUAACAUAUAUGUAUAUACAUUCUUAAUCUAUUCCUUACUUACAUUAAUGUGUAUUUUGUGUGUAUGUUGUGAAACUGUUCAGUAUUACUUCUGAGAUAUUACUGCACUGUCGGAGCUAGAAGCACAAGCAUUUCGCUACACCUGCAAUAACAUCUGCUCAACAUGUGUAUGUGACCAAUACAUUUGAUUUGAUUUGCUUUUGAAUUUUGACUUGUCUAAAUGGUUCUUGUUUUACCCACAAGGAUAGUAAAACCAAACCGCACACACACACACACACACAAGACAAGGUUACAUUUAAAUGUUUUGGGUUCAUUUAUGAAUCCUGAGUUCUUGAGUUGUUUCAAAGUUGAUAUUUGGUUGUCUGGUUUUCUGUAACAAAUCCUCCACUUGUUUAAUCAGUGCCUUGGAGAACUAUUCUGUCUUUACCAGCUUUAAUGGAAUAUAUAAAGGCUUGGCUAAUAAAACAUUUUAAAUACAUUUUAUUGUUCUCAAGAUAAUUUGUCACUAGUUGUUGUGC